AACGUUGGACUGAACCACAAAGAACCUUUAGAUAAUAAGCCAUGCCAUGCCUUUCGACACUUCAAAGAGUAUGAAACACGCUGGCCCUUCUCGUCGCACAUUUCGAAAAUUAUCAACAGAAGAUGAAAUAGAACUCAAGCGGGCCAGGGGUGAAGUCUCCUGUGCGGAAUGUAGGAGAUUAAAGCUCAAAUGCGACAAGAAACUGCCCUGUGGAUCCUGUGUCCGUAGAGGUUGUCCUACAAUCUGUCCCAAUGGAAGCUUGUCUACUGGACAGGGAACGAGAUUCGUUCUGGCUGAUACAGAACAUCUGCAUAGAAAAAUAUCUGAUAUGGGGCAACGAAUACGACAACUUGAAGACGCCCUCUUUAUAUUCCAGGCCGGUGUUUCAAAUGAGACUCAUCCUCUUCUGACCGAAGAGCUGCUUGCGAUCAAGUUUGGACCUGAAGCUCCCAAAUCUCCUAUCAGCACUGGACCAACCGUCGCUGAACCACCUUCCAUUCCUCUGGAUGCUCUCGGCACUCUUACAAUCGGCGAUUCAGGGGAGUCUAAAUAUUUCGGUCGUUCGGCUGGCUCUGAGACACUACUUCUCGCUGGUACAGAAUUCGAAUGUACUGGGUGGCCUGCCGAAGAACAACCUCCGAUAUUAUCAGAACUCAAGAAUAUGCCAUUCAUACUACCUCUCGGCCUAGGUGGAACGCAAGAUCCUGAACGGAUGGAGACCAUCAUGAAUUCUCUUCUUGAUCUCCUUCCGCCCUAUCCUCGAGCCACGACCUUGUGCGAAACGUACAUGGAGCAAGCCGCUUGGAUUUUUCGGCCCAUGCAGCGUGACGAAGUCAUCGACGAUAUAAUGAUACCUAUCUACAAGUACGCCAAAGCAAGAAAAGAAGAUAUAGAUCAAGAGAACAAGCUUACUUGUCCACCCCAUAAGCUAUCUGUUCUUUACAUGAUUUUUGCACAAGGAGCGCUAAUGGACUUGACAUUGCCUCCAUAUAAUUCGGAAGCAGAGAAUUAUUUCUAUUUGGGCCGUCUUUCACUAUCCCUGCGUUCUGCAUUCGAUCUCCCAACCACUGAAACCUUGCAAUCGCUUUGCCUGAUGGCAUAUUAUCACAGUAAUGGGGGACGGAGAUAUACUCUGGAUGGUGCCUGGUGUCUAAUUUCCCUCGCAAGUAAACUAGCUCAAAGUAUAGGACUGCAUCGUGAUCCCACACGAUGGAAUAUGAGUCCGAAGAUCGUUCAGAGACGCCGUAAUCUUUUCUGGGAGAUAUUUUCAACUGAUCUUUUUCACAGCCUUGCACUUGGUCGCCCUCCUUCAAUCCGCUUGUCCUAUAUCGACUGCGAAUUUCCUGACGACGAAACUACCGUCAUAAACGAUAAGGGUGAAGUAGAAAUGGGCUUUUGGCGAUGGAAGCAUACCUUCACUAGAGAUGUUUUCAUGCAGGUGACAGAGCUUACACUGACUGCGGCACCUCCUAGUUACGAGACAAUUCUUGAGCUCGAUCGUAAAGUGCGAGAAAAAGUGCUACCGCCAUCUUUGAACGUCUAUUGCAAUACUGAUGACGAAUUUUGUACGCCAUCUGUAUACAUGCGUGGCCGUCUGUUAUCUCAGUUUCGCGUCACAACUAUGUUGUAUAUCCACAGAAGCUUCUUUGCACAAGCAAUGCUUGAUUACCCCGCAAAUCCCCUUCGCAGUCCAUACGCACCGUCGUUCCUUGCAGCUUAUCGCUGUGCUUCAUCAGUGAUCAAAACUACAAUCGGUAACUUCCAGCGCUUCCCGGAGUUGCUCACGCGCUGGUGGACAAUUUGGACUCAUCUCUUUUCAGCUGCCAUCGUCGUCGGGGUUAUCGUGACUCGUGCACCGUCUUCAACGAUGGCUUCUGCGGCCCUUAUAGAGCUGGAUCUUGCGGUUGAUCUUUUCGCUAAGGGAGCAACCCAUUCUCGUCGUGCAAGGAGCGGUGUAGCCAUUUUAAGCAAGCUUAAAGUUAAAGCCUUUCAAGUGUAUUCUCAAUUCAGAAGCGGUGCUGUCCUUUCGGUUGCAGACCAACGCUCCAUCAUGAUGCCUGAAAUCGGAGGUGAAGAUGAACUUGCUGUGUUCGGCGGACAGACACGUACACUUGUCAGCAAAAUCUUGUCCCAGUCUAGUCGUCGGAAGAUGCAUUCCUCGACAAAGUCGGCUGAUUCACCAAAAUCCUCUGCGAGCACGCCAUCGUCAACAUCAACCGAUGAAGGUUCACAUAGUGAACCAAUUCCCGAGGUCCACCCAUCUCUAGUAGAAUUCCUUUCCUUGCUCCCAUCCUCCUCGUCCACUUCCACACAGAAUUAUAACAAUCAUAAUCCACGCUCAUCUAGUACUGCCUUUGACAGUGGACUCUACUCAAUGCAGAUGGAUAUGCCUUCAUACUCUCUUCCGAACCUCUCCCCGUCGCCUAUGGCUUAUGAUCAGAACAACGCCUUUGGUAAUUUCUCAGACGUCAAUAUGGCCGAAGGCCCUUCAACUUCCAUGCCUGAUGCGGGAUCAGCGGCGAAUUUCAUUGACAUGGAUAUGGGCAUGAUAUUAUCUGGAGACUCGGGGAUUGACGAGCGAUGGAUGUCGUUCAUGCGUGAUUCUGGGAUUCUAGAUAGUAACUUCAACGGUGUACCCAAUGUAUGAGUAUGUAGGCCAACUUGUAGGAUAGGAGAGAAAGAAAAAAACAAACAUAACUACUAGUAGUAUACAAAACAUGGUAAUAAAUGCAUACCCCAGUUCACCGGUAGGACAUUUCGUGGCUCCGGCCCGAUGAUGAUGGCAUGGCUUAACUAAGUCCUGUGCCCUGAUCAGCUGAGCCACAACCACAACUUGGACGUCCAAAGUAAUCCAGUAAGUAUCCAAGACACCAUCCUACUCAGUCCAAGCGCACAGGAGUACUCUUUUUUUGCAGAUAACAUUGCACAUCAAUGUCUCUUCCAUCAUCUCCAAUGCGUCCCCGCAAAUCGACAAUACCACCAGGAUUCAGGGCGGCACCAAAGCCUAAGCAGAAACCCAUUUCAGCAAUGACUCUGCGUGAAUUACAUGACCAACACGACUUCAAUGAAAGGCUACUUGCUUCAGCGUCAGUCUCUACAUCUGCUCUGGUCGAGCGCCUCUCUUCCGAGCAGGCAGCCAUAAAGGCUCGUAUAUUUGAGUUAGAAGGCGUCGAGCAAAUUCGCCGAGGUUUAGAUCACACCAAGAUUAACGCAGACGAGGAGAUGAACGUUGACGAGAACGAAACUGUCGUCAUCCAUGCCAUUGAUGCCAAACGCAGGGCGUUAUCUAGAUAUGCACCGAUAAGAUCCAAUGGGGUCAACAAUGUCAUGUCCCUCGACUUGCAAGAAGCGGCUGAAUUGGAGCGGCGGGCGCAUACUCAGGACAUGGAAAAGCAGCAGCGAUACGAAGAGAAGAAGAGACGUACCGGCUUCCCAAUAAAAGGUGAGGUAUUAUCUCAAGAAGAGAAACAGGCGCGGAUACUGGCAUUCAUGAACUACAAACCCACCGACUCAGAUCUAGAAGAUGACGAUACGGAGGAUGAAGGCGACGAAGACCCUUCUACAUGGUUCGAGGAUGACCAGGACGACGGUAUCAAAGGUCAAAAUAUUGUCGAACCCGAUAUAGAUGAUAUCUCCAACGUCAUACGAAUAGACGACAGCAGAAUUCCGUACAAUUCAUUCUAUACUUCAGAGAGAUGAUAUUUGAUCAAUAUCCUUUAAUAUCCUAAGCUAUAUAUAUUGCGUGACACGAUAUCACCGGGUAUCCUCGAUGGAUAGUCCAAGAUGACAGGUUUUUAACGAGCAUGAACGGGACAACUUCUCUUCCGUUGCAACCAGAAAGAUAAGCACACACUAUGGAAGCUACACAUGCAGCUGAGACGGGCGACAACGGAACCAGUUACAAAUCCGUCUAAGCAUAUAACACAUUCAGUACCCAAUAGAGCGCUUCCUGGUGGUAAUCUAUAAACUAAAUAUUUGUCCCCGAGAGAUGAGGUCCCAGAACUACCCUGCAUACAAUGUCGCAAGUGAGCAACUUGUUCUGAAGCAGGUUCUAAAUUGACCAAGUUGGUGCUGCAGACAGGGCAUUCUGCAAAAUCACUAGAUUGAGAAUUCUCGCCGCCUCUCAAAACUUGGUCCGGACCCUUGAGUCGACCUUGUUCAACGACUAUACAUUCGAGAUUCGACGAUGCAGACCCUGACAGUCGACUUGGAAAAGCGAGGCUAAUUUCAUCGUGGCACGAACUGCACACUCUAUAGGAACUUAGGGAAGAUCCAGAUUCAGGAGAUGCAGGAUCAUGAACCACGUCAGAAGGUUCAAGCAACGCUUUAUGAGAGGAACAACGGUCAC